AUGAAAGUGACUACGGUGUGUACCAAAGGAUCUGGGUCUACCAUGAAGUUUAUUAUUGCACUGUAUGUUGAUGAUUUACUUAUUUCUGGCAAUUCUUCUGAAGUCAUUGCCAAAACCAAGUCUUCUUUGUCAUCUAUGUUUAAGAUGAAAGACUGGGCCCAGUCGAAACAGUUCCUUGGCAUGAGAGUUAAGCAGUCAUCUUACCCAUAUUACUGUGGAUGUUUCACGUUAUAUUUUUUUGAUAUGUUGGAGGGUUUGUCUGACUCUACCGAUGCCUCCAUGUAUCGCAGUAUUAUUGGUAAACUGAUUUAUGCUGCUAAUUGUGCUCGUCCUGAUCUUGCUGUUAACCAUUGGCUUUCUUUGUCGAUAUAUGCAGGUCCUAAGUCUAUUCAUAUGGAAGCUGCUAAGCAUACUCUUCGUUAUCUUAAGGGUACUGCUGAACUUGGUCUUGAAUAUCGAGCUCAGAAAGUCUACAAGCUUGUUGGCUAUAGUGAUACCGAUUAUGCAAGGACAAAGCAGGACCGUAAAGUCCUUUACUGGUUGUUGUCUCUUUGCAAGAUUCCUGUUCCGUUGCCAGUGAUAUGUUUGAGACAAUCGAGGGAUGUAUUGCAUUGGCUCAGAAUCAGUGUUUCAUCGUCGCACCAAGCAUAUUGA